UUUACCAGCCGUUCCGUCACAUAAUCACUCCCCACACAUUUGGACUGCAAAUUGUUUUUAUACUAUUUCUAGUUAUUUCUAAGUAAAUUGCGAGUGGGAACUGCGAUCGAAAUGCUAGCCCGCGCUAUCCGAGUGCGUCCUAUGAUGCGGAGCAUCGCCUCGUCGUCGGUGUGGACCCGCAACCGUCCCGCCCAGAGUUCCCUGGUGCAAUGCUGCCGGGUUCGGGCGACGCACCUCCAGCGAUUUCAUGGAGCAAACAUGAUGGUCCAACGUUUCUACAGCCGCAAGCGGGACGACUCCGACGAGGAUCUCAUGGACGGUCAUAAUCCCGAGCUAAUGUCCGAUCGGGAAGCCCAGUUGCCGGCCACUGUUGCGGUGCCGGAUGUGUGGCCACAUGUCCCGCUGUUGGCCAUGCGAAAGAAUCCCCUCUUUCCGCGCUUCAUGAAGAUUGUAGAGGUUUCCAAUCCCAUCAUCAUGGAUCUGCUGCGUCGCAAAGUCAAGCUAAACCAACCCUAUGUAGGGGUCUUUCUUAAGAAAUCAGAUGGCGAAGAGGAGCUGAUCCACAAUUUGGAUGAUGUCUACAGUAUGGGUACAUUUGCGCAGAUCCAAGAGCUGCAGGAUCUGGGUGACAAGCUGCGUAUGGUUGUGGUGGCGCACCGUCGUAUUCGGAUAACUGGCCAGGUCGUCGAGGAUGUCCCACCCCCCAAGCCCGUGAAAAUGACAACUUUGCAUUAUCCACUAUUUAAUAUAAAAUUACAAAUCCCAGCUGAAGAUCAAACGACUGAUCGAGCGGAGGAGGCACCAAAAUCAAGAGCCGACCCAUCUCGUAAGCCACGUGGCCGACUACCCAGAAGUCGGGCUGGAAAAUCUCGCGAAUCGGUGGCCGCUGAGGAAAUGGUGCAAAACCAGACCCUGGAGCCGCCUCUCAAAUCUGGCCAAGUUGAGUGUGAGAAUUCGCCCAAACCGCCUACGGAAGGAAAGCAAGUUGAAUCCCAGGCAGGGGCCGAAGGGGAAGCCACACAAUCAGCGCCCAGCGCACCACCUGUACUAAUUGUGGAAGUGGAAAAUAUUAAGCAACCGGCUUACAAACAAACUGAAGAGGUCAAAGCGUUGACUCAGGAAAUAAUUAAGACCCUCCGAGAUAUUAUCACGAUGAACCCCUUGUAUAGGGAGAGUCUUCAGCAGAUGCUGCAUCAAAACCAACGUGUUGUCGACAACCCCAUUUAUCUGUGUGAUUUGGGUGCAUCCCUUUCCGCUGGAGAACCAGCUGAGCUGCAGAAAAUCCUUGAGGAAACAGAUAUCCCAGAACGCCUGCAGUUGGCCCUGACUCUACUCAAAAAGGAACUCGAGCUCUCGAGACUGCAACAAAAAAUUGGUCGCGAAGUAGAGGAAAAAGUUAAGCAGCAGCAUCGUAAAUAUAUACUGCAAGAACAACUGAAAGUUAUCAAAAAAGAACUUGGAAUCGAAAAAGACGACAAGGAUGCCAUAGGCGAAAAGUAUAGAGAAAAACUUAAGGAUAAAAUCGUUCCCGAGAGCAUAAUGACGGUUAUCGACGAGGAGCUGACCAAACUGAACUUCCUUGAAAGCCACAGCUCUGAGUUUAAUGUAACCCGCAAUUACCUCGACUGGCUCACUUCUUUGCCUUGGGGAGUUAUAAGCACCGAAAACCUCUGUCUGGAGAAGGCCACCGAGAUACUGAACAACGAUCACUACGGCAUGGAAGACAUAAAGAAGCGUAUUUUGGAGUUUAUUGCCGUCAGUUCUCUGAAGGGUACUACGCAGGGAAAGAUUUUGUGCUUCCAUGGACCACCUGGUGUGGGCAAGACAAGCAUAGCCAAGUCGAUUGCCCGCGCUUUGAAUCGCGAGUACUUCCGAUUCAGCGUGGGCGGAAUGACAGAUGUGGCCGAAAUCAAGGGACAUCGUCGCACCUAUGUGGGCGCCAUGCCGGGAAAGCUAAUUCAGUGUCUCAAGAAAACCAAGAUUGAGAACCCCCUUGUACUCAUCGAUGAGGUAGACAAGAUCGGCAAAGGUUAUCAGGGAGAUCCCAGCUCGGCAUUGCUUGAGCUUCUUGAUCCCGAGCAGAAUGCUAAUUUCCUGGAUCACUAUCUGGAUGUGCCAGUAGAUCUCUCUCGAGUGCUUUUUAUUUGCACAGCAAAUGUGAUUGACACCAUCCCCGAGCCCUUAAGGGAUCGCAUGGAGUUGAUUGAGAUGUCUGGAUAUGUGGCUGAGGAAAAGAUCGCCAUCGCUCGUCAGUACCUCAUGCCUCAGGCCAUGAAGGACUGCGGAUUGACGGAUAAGCAGAUUAACAUUACCGAGGAUGCCUUAAACAUGCUGAUCCGCAGUUAUUGCCGGGAAUCCGGUGUACGAAAUCUUCAAAAACACAUCGAGAAAGUUAUACGCAAGGUGGCUUUCCGCCUGGUCAAGAAAGAGGGCGAGCACUUCCCGGUGAAUGCUGAUAACCUGACCACAUUCCUGGGCAAGCAGAUCUUCAGUUCAGAUCGCAUGUACGCCACCACCCCUGUGGGCGUGGUCAUGGGUUUGGCGUGGACGGCCAUGGGCGGCUCAUCGCUGUACAUUGAGACCUCCCGGCGCCACAUUCGCCAUGGCGAAAAGGCCGAUUCGGCUGCUGCUGGAGGCACUCUCCACAUCACUGGAAAUUUGGGUGAUGUCAUGAAGGAGUCAGCCCAAAUAGCCUUGACAGUGGCGCGCAACUUCUUAAAUGUAGUGGAACCUAAGAAUUUGUUCCUGGAGCAGGAACACAUCCACCUCCAUGUUCCCGAAGGUGCCACUCCGAAGGAUGGCCCCAGUGCUGGAAUCACUAUCAUCACAGCCUUGGUUUCGUUGGCCACAGGAAAGAAGGUCCGACAAGAUGUGGCUAUGACUGGCGAAGUGUCCCUGAAGGGAAAGGUUCUGACUGUGGGUGGAAUCAAAGAGAAGACCAUUGCUGCCCGUCGUAGUGGUGUCAACUGUCUAAUCCUGCCGGUGGAUAACAAGAAGGACUUCGAGGAGUUACCCACAUACAUUACCGAAGGCCUGGAGGUACACUUUGCUGAGACCUACGAGGAUGUCUACAAGAUAGCCUUUUCCGAUGCCGAAACGACUACCAAUAAUGUAGUUGAGCAGGAGCCGCUGCAGAAGAUUUCCAGCGCGGCCGCUGCCAAGUCGGCGACAUGGCCUUAAUCGUAGCUUAAGCUUGGGGGUGUUCCGGGUGUUCAUAGUUUUUAUUGAUAUCGAUCGUUAUCAGGAUAAUUAGUGUAUUUAGACCAUAGCAUUUGUUAAACCUAAUGCCAAGUAAAUUGAAUGUACUGACGAACUGAA